AUGGGUGACUGGAGCUUUCUGGGACGCCUUCUGGAGAAUGCUCAGGAACACUCAACUGUGAUCGGCAAGGUGUGGCUGACCGUCCUCUUCAUCUUCCGCAUUCUGGUGCUGGGCGCGGCCGCAGAGGAGGUGUGGGGCGACGAGCAGUCGGACUUCACCUGCAACACGCAGCAGCCCGGUUGCGAGAACGUCUGCUACGACCAGGCCUUCCCCAUCUCCCACGUGCGCUUCUGGGUGCUGCAGAUCAUCUUCGUGUCCACGCCCACGCUCAUCUACCUGGGCCACGUGCUGCACAUCGUGCGCAUGGAGGAGAAGCGGCGUGAGAAGGAGGAGGAGCUGCGGAAGGCGGGCUGGCGCAGCGAGGAGCUCCUCGGGCAGGAUGGUGGCGGGGGCGGCUACGGCGGCGGCGGCGGCGGCGGCGGCGGCGGCGGCGGCGGCGGCGGAGGAGGAGGCGGGAAGAAGGAGAGGCCGCCGAUCCGCGACGAGCACGGGAAGAUCCGCAUCCGCGGGGCGCUGCUCCGGACCUACGUCUUCAACAUCAUCUUCAAGACCCUUCUGGAGGUGGGCUUCAUCCUGGGCCAGUACUCCCUCUACGGCUUCCGCCUCAAGCCGCUGUACAAGUGCGGCCGCUGGCCUUGCCCCAACACGGUGGACUGCUUCAUCUCCAGGCCCACUGAGAAAACCAUCUUCAUCAUCUUCAUGCUGGUGGUGGCCUGCAUCUCCCUGCUGCUCAACCUGCUAGAGAUGUACCACCUGGGCUGGAAGAAGGUCAAACACAGCGUCACCCACAAGUUCGCGGCUGACUGCGGGUCCCUGCGGCUGGGCCCCGGCGACGACGCCGGCGACCCCCGGGCGGUCCCCGAGUGCGCCACCCUGGUUUCGGACCACUGCCUGCAAGGCUACACCGGCAGGAGCACCAUGGAGCGGGUCCGCUACCUGCCCGUCCAGAACUCCUCCUGCGCGCUCGCCCUGAGCCCUGACGCGACGGCGGUGGCGGCGCCGAUGAAGAUCAACGCCGACGCCUUCCCCGACGACGACGGCUUCCUGCGCGGCGGCGGCGGCGGCGGCGGCGAGGUCCCCGGGCGCCUGCCGGCGUUGGAGCAGAACUGGAGGAACGCGGCGCUGGAGGUGAGUGGUCCGAUGGGGAAGGCCGACUCGCCGGCACCUUCUGCGCUGGCGCCCUCCUACUGCUCCUCCUCCUCUUCCUCCUCCUCCUCCUCCUGCGGGAAGAGUCGAGCUCCUCCCCGAUGGGAGGGGCCUCCCUCGCCGCGCCUGCCCUCCCUCCCCUCGCACCUCAUGUGGGACGAGGAGGCGGAGGACGGCGGCCCGCCCGGCCGCGUCACCGUGGUGACCAGGGCGCAGAUGCACAGGCCGCCUCCGGCCGCCGUGGCGACGGACGUGCGGAGGCUGAGUCGGGCCAGCAAGGUCAGCGGCCCCCGCGGGCGUCCCGACGACCUGGUGGUGUAG